CCGCAGUGUAUCCGUGUAGCUUACCGUAGCUGCUCAGAGUUUCUCCUCCCGGCGCACCGGGAGCUGCGCGCACCGCUUACCGGACUGAACCGAGCACAGAGACCGGAACACGGAGCAGGAGGCAGGCAGAACCGGAGCGCGGAGAGACCGAGUCGGAGAUGGACGACCGCCACCCGCCCCUGCUGUAGGUCAGCGAUGGCCCAGGUGUUUCCUGCUGGUGGAGGAGAUGAAGCCCAGUCCGGACUCUGUGUUGGUCAUCAUGGGCUCCCUUGAUGGAAGCACGCCGGUUGAGACGCUGCUUUCUGUGAUUCAUCUGGAGAGGUACCUGGACACCUUCCAUCGAGCCGGUCUCCUAUUGGCUAGAGACUUCACACACCUCGACAGCGAUGCAUUGGUCAGUCUGGGCAUAACUGCCACAGGACACAGGAAGAGAAUCCUACGAUUGGUCAGUUACAUCAAGAGGACAGAAGGCCAAAGAGCCAAUCGGAACGCAGAUCUCCCUCGUGACCGCUGUCAGUCAGUUUGUUCUUCGAAGCGCGGUGGCACCGAGUCGCCCCGUCAGGAGGUGAUCAGGAACAGCUCUGCUCCCGACCUCGCCGCCAUGCUGGCAAACUCCGAUGGCAGCAGGCCAACAGUGAAGCCGGUCCCCAAACCGAGAACCGUCUUCAAUCGCCGCAGGACCGCGCCCAUUCAGUUCACCCCAACACCCGACCCUGCUCUACCCCUACCCAGGAGGCUUUCCCAGGAGUCCAUCUGCCUCACUGUGCUGGAAAGUCUGAGAUCAGCGGACAUGCCCACAGCAGACAGCGCUUUGACCUCUGACCUCAGUGACAAGGCGCCGUCACCAAGCUGUAGGUCGAGCCAGGGGGAGAGGACCGGGCACGGCCGCAGCAGGUCUCUGUCAGACACUGGGGGGUUACCGCUGGUUCCCCAGAGGCUGAACCGCAUCGUCCCCCCUGCCUCGAUGCAGGGGACUCCUCGCACUUCUUGUUCUCCUGUUCCCACAGAGCAUUUGCAGGCGCCGGCCUUCACUUCCUGCCCAGGUAGUCAUGACAACAGCAUGCUCUCUGGAUCCUCCCCCUCCGGUUCUCCCCGAGGAGGAGGAGGCCUAGAGAUGGUGUCCAAUGAGAUAUAUUGGGGCACGUUACACAGCUCUGCUGCCCCCGGAGGGAAGCGGAAUUACUGCAGCCAGCAGUCGGCUCCUCCCACUCCGCCCAGACAGACACCUGAGAGGAACUGCGAGAGGAACAGUGGCAGCACUUUAAGUAACAACUCUUCAGGAUCAGCCAGAGCCUCCACAGACGACCCCGAGGACGAGAUCAGCCCGUACUGUGAGACCGUUUUUCAGACCCGGAGACAUCCUCAUGCUACUGAGAGCGAGAGAAGCAGACAUGAAGGAAGGGAGGCGAGGAAAGAGGAGAAGCACGCACAGGAUCAUGGGGGUCACAGGUUCUCGUGGACAAAGCGUUUCUCGCAGCCGUUUCACCCCGGGGACUCGCCAGGUUACAGCACUGUGGGAGAAGCUUCACCCUCCCUCCGCUGCCUCUCGCUGCCCCACCACGCCCUCACCUCCGAGGCUGAUGAGGACCUUACCAUCUCCCCCUACGCCAGCUACGCCUCCCUGACCGAGAGAGCCCCGCCCAUCAUCAGCGGCUGGCUGGACAAGCUGUCUCCGCAGGGGAACUAUGUUUUCCAGAAACGCUUCGUGAAGUUUGAUGGCAAAAACUUGAUGUACUUCGGCAGUGAGAAGGACGCCUACCCAAAAGGAGUCAUCCCAUUGGCUGCCAUCCAGAUGGCCCGUCCAGCCAAAGACAAUAAAUUUGAAAUUGUGACAAGUCACCGGAUCUUUGUGUUCAGGACGGAUAACGAAGUGCUGCGGCGGCGCUGGGUGUCCACGUUGCAGGAACACGUCAGAGAUCAGCUGGUGUUUGGACGGCGGCGUUUCGGUCCUGGAGCUCACUGCCAGAAACAUGGCGGCCUGGAACUCAAAGGAACCAAAUCCAAAGUGUACGCUGCCAUCAACACAGACCAGAUCUGGCUCUACAAGAGCGAGCAGUGUUUCCGUAAUGGGAUCGGCAUCACGGUGGUCGAAGCUCGCGGAGCGACGAUCCGAGAUGGAAAACACAAGAGCUUCGACCUCAUCACGCCAUAUAAAACUUUCAGCUUCACCGCAGACUCAGACCGGGACAAACGGGACUGGAUGGAGGCACUGCAGGAGGCGAUCGCAGAGACUCUGUCAGAUUACGAGGUGGCCGAGAAAAUCUGGUCCAACCGCUCCAACAGGAUGUGCGCGGACUGCAAGGCCCUGAACCCCGACUGGGCAUCCAUCAACCUGUGUGUGGUCAUUUGCAAGAACUGCGCAGGCCAGCACAGAGGGCUGGGCACAAUGGUCUCCAAGGUUCAGAGUCUGAAACUGGACACGAGCGUGUGGAGCAACGAGAUCGUUCAGCUCUUCAUCAUGCUGGGGAACGACCGGGCCAACGACUUCUGGGCGGCCCGUCUGUCCGUCUCUGAGGAGUUGGACUGCGACGCGUCGGCCGAACAGAGGAGAGAGUUCAUCGCCCAGAAGUACCGCGAGGGUCGAUACCGCCUCGCCCACCCAGCGUUCAGCAGCCAGGAGGAGCUGCUCAAGGUUCUGUGUUCAGCUGUCUCUGAGCAGACUCUCCUGAAAACGGUGACUCAGAUUUUCUCGGAGGCGGAGUCAGCUCACCUCGCCAUCGACUCCAACGGCCGCCACCCCCACCGAGCGGAUCACUGCAGCACAUCAGAUCCCAGCGUCUAUGAUGAAAUCAUGCAGCCGGUUCUUCACUCUGGGUACCUCUACAAGUCGAGCUCUGCCAGCAGAGGAACGAUGUCCAGAAAAAACAGAGAAGACUUCCAGAAGUUCUGGUGCUCGGUGGAUCAGUCUCUGGUCUUCUACGAGUCGGAUCGAUCAGCUGAUCCCAGCCUGCAGAUCAGCACUAAAGACAUCGUGUGUUUGGGCGUCAGUCGACCCGACUCCUCCAACAACAACGGAUUCAUUGACAGGUUUCGUUACACCUUCGAGUUGUAUCUGACGUCGGAGAAACUCUUUCAGUUUGGCUUGGAAGCGGCCGACGAGCUGCACAGCUGGACCAAAGCCAUCGGAAAGGCUGCGACGCCGCUCAGCUGUCACUGCCUGCUGACCCGAGAGUUUGAGCGGGUCGGGCUUCUACGGUACCGGGCGAUGCUGGACCCUCAGCAGUGGAAGGAGGCUUACUUUGUCCUGCAGAAGUCCAACCUCUUCAUCUGUCCCCGCAACGACGGCGCCGCCGAGGACAUCAUCAACCUCAACCGCCUGCAGGAGCUGAGUAUCACCUCUGAGAUGGAGAACCAGGAGAAGAAAGACAUCCUGGUCCUGGUGGAAAAAGGAAGAACGCUCCACCUGCAGGGCGUCGGUCGCGCAGACUUCUCUCUGUGGUACUCGGACAUUCAGCGAGCAGCCGGUGGUAAAGGAAAUGCUCUGAGAGACCAGCAGAUGAGCAGGAACGACAUCCCCAUCAUCGUGGACAGCUGCAUCGCCUUCAUCACACAGUACGGUCUGGGUCACGAGGGCAUCUACAGGAAGAACGGAGCCAAAUCCAGGAUCAAACUGCUGAUGGAGGAGUUCCGCAGAGACGCUCGAAACGUCAAGCUGCGGAUCGGGGACCACUUCAUCGAGGACGUGACCGACGUACUGAAGAGGUUCUUCAGAGAGAUCGAUGACCCUAUCUUCAUGGUCGACCUCCACCCGCUGUGGCAGGAAGCUGCCAAGAUCCCUCAGAGGCGUGCGAGGCUGGACCGUUACAAAGACAUCAUCCGCACUCUACCCCGAGUCAACCGGACCACCCUGGCUGCUCUCAUCAGUCACCUGUACAGGGUCCAGAAGUGCGCAGAUCUGAACCAGAUGUGCACCAAGAACCUAUCGCUGCUCUUCGCUCCGAGUCUGUUCCAGACGGAUGGGAAAGGUGAGCAUGAGGUGAAGAUCGUGGAGGACCUGAUAGACAACUACCUGUACGUCUUUGAAAUCGAUGAGGAGCAUCAGACCCAGAUUGAGCUGGAAAUCAGCCUCAUCACCACCUGGAAGGACACUCAGCUCUCUCAGGCCGGUGAUCUGAUCAUUGAAAUCUAUCUGGAGAUGAAGAUACCCGAUUGCUGCAUAACUCUCAAAGUGUCUCCCACCAUGUGUUCUGAGGAGCUGACCAAUCAGGUUCUGUACAUGAGGAACGUCCCAGCUGGGGACAAAGAUGUCUGGAUGACGUUUGAGGCCAUCGAGGACGGUCAGCUGGAGCGUCCGUUACACCCCAAAGAGAAGGUCCUGGAGCAGGCUCUGCAGUGGUGUAAGAUGGCUGACCCGAGCUCCGCCUACCUGGUGGUGAAGAGGGUCCCUAAAGGAGAAGGCAUCACUCUCCUCACCUCCUAUAAGAGCGAGAUCAUGAAGGUGGGUCUGCUGAGGUGUCGCGAGGAGCCUCCGAAGCUCCUUCAGGGGACCAGGUUCCAGGAGAGAACGUUCCAGAUUCGAGACCACAAACUGCUGCUGCUCAAAGACAAGAAGAGCAUCAAACCUGAGAAGGAGUGGGCUCUGAAAUCCUUAAAGAUCUACAUCGGCAUCCGCAAGAAGCUGAAGGCUCCAACCAGGUGGGGCUUCACAGUGAUGUCAGACAAACACCAGCUGUACCUGUGCUGCAGCAGCGAGGCCGAGCUGUGGGAUUGGAUCACGAGCCUUCUCAGAGCUCAGAACGAUGACCGUCCUCCGCGCUGCGCCGCCGCCUCCUCCUCUGACAUCUCCAAGCAGAAGUUUGGAACGAUGCCGCUCGUCUCCAUCAGAGGAGACGAGAGCAACAGCAGCAUGCUGUCAGCCAAUCAGACGCUGAGGAAACUACACGACCGGAGAACUCUCUCCAUGUACUUUCCCAUGAAGGUCCAGCAGGACUCGUUCGAGGAGCGCUCGGAGUCUCCUGACCUGCCUGAGCCGCUCUACGAGGAGGUCGGCGACUUCGGCCUGCAGGUCCUGAAGUCUCUGGAGACCAGCUUCCUGUCCAGCAGCAUUGCAGAGACCCAGGAAGUGCCAGACCACCCCCCACUCAGGUUGGUUCCCGUGGAGACCAGAGAUUUGGAUCACAUGAUCAUCCCGGAAGCGGUCCGGAUUGCGAGAGGCUCCGUGGAGACUCUAGAGCAGAGCAGCUGCAGCAGCGGAGGAGCCGGCGGAGGCGAUGGAGAUGCAGGCUCUCCAGACUCAGACACCGCCGGCCAGCCCACGGUGAGAAGCAGGCAGACGCUGCAGGGAGUCUGCACGCCAUCGCAGGAACUGCUCCUGCAGGAGCUGUCCUCUGCCUUCAUCAAGAAGACCACGGAGGAGGAGCGGGAGGAAGAGGAGAGGCCCUACGAUGUCUGAGGACCGAAAGGUGGAGUCACAUGAUCUCCCUCCAUUCACAGCACGCCAGCAGUCGACUCAAGGUGGCCAUUCAGGUUACAGAGACAACGAUCACAUGACCUCCUACAGGACCCGUCAGGCAGACUUUACUGUAAAAGCUGCGGCUGAGGAGGGCCAUGUGAUGCGGUCGCCUGUAGGUGAUUGGAGCUCAGUUCAGGGCUGUGCUAACAUCAGCAACUCUCUGACUUUUUCAGCCUGCGUGCAGCGUCCUCUGCAGCCAGGAGAGGGCGCUGUAUCAGUUUGUACUUAACAGACUGAGAGCUGAGUCGUUCUCUUUAUGUAACAGAAAGUUUGAUCACACGUGUUUGAAUGUGAAUGACUCACAGAUGGUCAAAAAUGUUUUUAUGAUAUUUUAAUAAUUCCAACGAGUCUAAUCUGAUAUCUCACAUCAGUAACCUUCUCUAACCUGUCAGUUCAAAUAUUCGAUGAAGCUCACACAGGUAAAGGAGGAAGGUGUCACGUGCAUGAGACUCAGUAAUGGGUAACCCGCAGCGCUGUUCCUGCGGAUGUGUUUAAACAAAGUUAGAAGAGACUAAGUGACAGAGAGCCGGCUUCAGUGACGACUCUGGGAUUACACAUCAGAUUACACAAACGAUGACAUCAUAGAAACGCGGCGCUGUGAAGAUUAAAUUGAAGUAAACAAGCUGCAACAUGUGGAACAAAUCAAACUGUGAACACAGUUGGUCACAUCUAAACGCAGGCGCCUCAUUGGUCAGUUCUACAUGUCUGCGUGUAAAGUGACCAAUGAGGCGCCUGCCUCAGUCUUAAAUUGGCGGUCUGGAAGUCUGCGAGUUGGUUUGGCGCCUCCUGCUGGGACAGUGUAACGUGUUCUUCCUGACGCUCUGUCAGCGCUAAUGCUGCAUUUCCUGUGAGGACUUCAUAAUAAAAGUCAUGUGAUGAUCCACCUGGAGUUCAUAGUACUGCAGCACUUCCAUCAGUUAUCACUUUGUAUUAGUUUGGAAGCUGUAUGAACAUUUUUAUAGAUGUGUUAUUCAUAUAAAGACACUUGUAAACAUAUCUGCAGUAACACACACGUGUGUAUUUAUGGGAGUGUUUCCCAGUAGCCACAGUGUUCCAGUAAAGCUGCUGGUGAGGACAGACUGGCCUCACUGGUUUGUGUUGAUGAAACCUCCGUGUGCUCAUGUUCCUGUACAGUUUUGUGAUGUGUUAUUAAACUGCUGGUUUGCUGCAAACUGA